AUGAAAAGGCUGGGGCGAGCGGAGCUGGCAGUCGAUGUCGAUGAAAAGGCUCACGCGGGCAGGUGGCGAGAGGUCGUCAUGGAGCUGGUUUGGAGGGCGGCUCGCAGCAGACUUUGGAGUCUUGGCGCAGCUAUCAUGGCGCUGCGGCAGCUGCGCCUACGAAAUGUGGUGAGUGGAGGUUCUGUAGCCGAGCUUGAGGUGUUGUCUUCCUGGGGUCCAAUGGAGGUUGCUGUUGCCGUGGCCGAAAGGACAGGGCACAACGACUUCAAGCUGUUGCAGGGAGGUCGCUGCUUCUUUCCAAGCUCCGUGACGGAACUGGGCGAGUUUGCAGGGGAAGGGGACACUGGGGGCACCAUCGACAUGGAGAUCCUGGUGCAGGACGUGCCCACUUUGCGGAUCACUGGCAUUCCCUGCGAUACCCUCUUUGGCGGCCACGGGCCCGCCGUCGGCUCUACGGCGGGCUCUCCGACUUUGCAGGAACUCAACGGUGAUUGGCUGCCUGUUCCACUCCUCCGCGUGCGGGGGCAUCCGAUUUGGAGGAAGUCGACGGCCUUGCGAAACCAGUGGCAGGACCGCGGGAUGCCAGCCGACGACGGGGUGCGCUACAUCGUCCUGGGCGGAGAUGGGGUCUUGGACAUUGCGUGGCUGCCCGCUGGGGAGGUGCCGAGGGAGCACAGCUUCCCUCACCAGUCAUCUCGCCACGGGUUCCUCUCAGGUGUCCACUUCAAGGAGGUCUCGCCCCUGACUUGCUGGGAGAAAGAUGGCCUGCCCUGCAAAGCCAAAGUGAGUUUGGCUAUCAAGCCCUCUCGGUCCUUCCCGCACGCGCGUGUGCACUCCUGGAGGGUUGGUGAGAAUGUUGUGGCAGGCGAAGCAGAGCUCGUGAGGCGAGAGCAUGUGCCAUAG